AUGAGUACAGACUUUGAUAGAAUAUACUUGAACCAGUCAAAGUUCAGCGGAAGAUUCCGUAUUGCGGAUUCUGGAUUAGGUUGGAAGGCCACUGCCAGCGGUGGUUCAGCAGCUAGUCAAUCUAAGGCACCAUUUCUAUUACCAGCUACUGAAAUAUAUACAGUUCAGUGGAGUAGAGGCUGCAGAGAAUAUGAGCUGAAAAUAAAUACUAGAAAUCAAGGUGUCGUACAACUAGAUGGGUUUUCACAAGAGGAUUUCAAUUUGGUCAAAAAUGAUUUCCAUCGUCGUUUCAACGUUCAGAUAGAGCAAAAGGAACACUCGUUACGUGGAUGGAAUUGGGGAAAACUUGAUUUGACUAGGAAUGAGAUGGUAUUUGCCGUAAAUGGUAAACCAGCGUUUGAGAUUCCAUAUGCUCAUAUAAACAACUCUAACUUAACCUCCAAGAACGAAGUGGCGAUCGAAUUUAAUAUUCAGGAUGAGAAUUAUCAACCAGCGGGUGACGAAAUGGUUGAGAUGAGGUAUUACAUUCCAGGUGCUGUCUCGGAUGGAAAUGAGGAAGAAAUGCCAAAGAAAGAAGAAGAAGGGGAAAUGGUGCCAAAAAAGGAGGAAGAUGAGAAUGAGAAUGUGGAGAAGGAGUCUAAAGAGGAAAGAACUAUGGCAGAAGCUUUCCAUGAAGAGUUAAAAGCAAAGGCCGAUAUAGGUGAAGUAGCUGGUGAUUCUAUUGUAUCAUUCCAAGACGUUUUCUUUGCCACGCCCAGAGGUCGUUAUGAUAUUGAUAUCUACAGAAACUCUAUCAGGCUUAGAGGUAAGACUUAUGAAUAUAAGUUGCAACAUCGUCAAAUCCAGAGAAUCGUUUCUUUGCCAAAGGCAGAUGAUAUUCAUCAUUUAAUCGUGCUCUCGAUUGAGCCACCUUUACGUCAAGGUCAAACUACGUAUCCAUUUUUGGUAAUGCAGUUUCAAAAAGAUGAAGAGACGGAAGUACAACUUAAUCUCGAGGACGAUGAUUUUGAGAAAAAUUAUAAAGACAAACUGAAAAAGCAAUAUGACGCAAAAUCUCAUAUCGUUAUCAGCCACGUUCUAAAGGGUCUGACGGGUAAAAGAGUCAUUGUUCCAGGUGCGUAUAAAUCGAAAUAUGAGCAAUGUGCAGUAUCCUGCUCUUAUAAAGCUAACGAAGGCUAUUUAUACCCCUUGGAUAAUGCUUUUUUUUUCCUUACGAAGCCAACUCUAUAUAUUCCAUUUUCUGAUGUAAGCUCUGUGAAUAUUUCAAGAGCAGGUCAAACUUCAACAUCGUCAAAGACUUUUGAUUUGGAAGUCCUACUUCGUUCUAACAGAGGCUUUACGACGUUUGCAAACAUUAGUAAAGAGGAGCAGCAAUUAUUGGAGCAGUUUUUGAAAUCGAAGAAUUUAAGAGUGAAGAAUGAAGAUAAGGAAGCUCAAGAGAGAUUACAGAGCGCCCUUGGAUCUGAUUCUGAAGAUGAGGAUAUAAAUAUGGGAUCUGCUGGUGAAGACGAAGAAUCUUUUGACGAAGAAUUUCGCGCAAGCUCAGAUGACGACGAUGUUGCCGAAGAAUAUAAUUCUGAUAUUGCUGCCAGUAGUGACGAAGAAGGCGGUUCUGCUGAGAGGCCAGCUAAAAAGCCAAAAGUAGAAUGA